AUGGGGGCUGUGGCUUCCCUCCCUCCACAGCAGCAGGAACUAAGCUGGAACCAUGAAUGGGAGGAAAGAAAUAUUGAAAAACUGUUGGAAAUGAAAGAUGCAGUUGAGGGAGUGUUGAAUGGUGAACUCUACCAGGAGAGCAAUGGUCCAACAGAUUGCUAUGCUGCCAUAUCACAAGUAGAUCGACUACAGUCAGAACCAGAGAGCAUCCGUAAAUGGAGGGAGGAACAAAAAGAACGUCUAGAGCAGCUUGAUGCUAACUCUAGGAAGCAGGAAGCAGAAUGGAAAGAGAAGGCAAUAAAGGAGCUGGAGGAAUGGUAUGCAAGGCAAGAUGAACAGCUACAGAAAACAAAAGCCAACAACAGGGUGGCAGAUGAAGCUUUCUACAAACAGCCCUUCGCUGAUGUGAUUGGUUAUGUCACAAACAUAAAUCAUCCUUGCUACAGCCUAGAACAGGCAGCUGAAGAAGCCUUUGUGAAUGAUGCAGAAGACACUUCUCCAGGCACGGAGUGGGAGCGUGUGGCUCGACUCUGUGACUUUAACCCCAAGUCUAGUAAGCAGGCAAAAGAUGUGUCCCGUAUGCGCUCAGUCCUCAUUUCGCUUAAGCAGGCUCCACUGGUUCAUUGAAGGAAAAGCACAAUGGAAACACUACAAAUGCAAUAUCCUAACCUUACUCAGAGAAACUGUGUUUGCAGUAAUUGGAUUAAUUAUGUUUAAAUGUUUCUUUUUGUUUUGUUUUGUUUUUUUUUUUUUUUGUUUUGGACCAAACCUCAUGAUGUAUCUAGAGUUGAUCAUUGUUUGUGAUUGCAUGUUCUUCCUCAUCUGUUUCCUUCCUGUAUCUGAAUUGGGAAGAAGAAACCUCCAGAAUUGUAGUCUCUCUGUACUUCUGUGCAUUGAGAUCUCAUUAUCAACUGUACUGAUAUUAAAGGUCUGUUAAAGA